AUGGAGAAAUCCAAGUUCUUUGUGUUCUUCUUCCUACUCUUGUCUGUGUUCUAUUCUGGUUGUGUAUGUGGAAAAAAGUGCACGAACAAACCGACACAGAUUUCGUCCCACAGUUAUCGGUAUGAGCUCUUGUCUUCCAAUAAUGAAACUUGGAGGGAAGAGAUGUUUUCGCAUUAUCAUCUAACUCCAACAGAUGAAUCCGCAUGGGCCAAUUUGCGUCCUCGGAAGGUUUUGAAGGAAGAUGGGGAGGAACUCAGUUGGGCGAUGAUGUAUAGAAGAAUGAAGCAUUCUAAUGAGCAUAAUAAGGGUCAAGAGGUGGGGAAUUUCCUCAAGGAAGUCUCGCUACACAACGUGAGAUUGAACCCACAUUCUUUACACGGUCGUGCUCAGCAGACAAACUUGGAGUACUUGUUGAUGUUGGAUGUGGAUAGCUUGGUCUGGAGUUUUAGAAAGACGGCAGGUUUGCCAACUCUUGGAAAGCCCUAUGGAGGAUGGGAGGACCCAACUUGCGAGCUUCGGGGUCAUUUCGUGGGGCAUUACUUGAGUGCUUCAGCACAAAUGUGGGCUAGCACUCACAAUGACACUCUACAUGGGAAAAUGUCUGCUGUGGUUUCUGCACUUGAUGCCUGUCAGAAGAAAAUGUCCUCGGGUUACCUAUCAGCUUUCCCAUCUGAGCUAUUUGACCGUUUUGAAGCUAUAAAACCAGUGUGGGCGCCAUACUACACCAUUCAUAAGAUCUUGGCGGGCCUUUUGGAUCAAUACAUAUUAGCUGAUAAUGCUCGAGCUUUAAAAAUGGUGGUCAGUAUGGUUGAGUACUUCUACCACCGUAUCCAAAAUGUCAUAUCAAAAUUUUCUAUUGAAAGGCAUUGGCUGUCACUUAAUGAAGAAACUGGCGGCAUGAAUGAUGUCCUUUAUAAGCUAUACAGCAUAACGGGAGAUCAGAAGCAUUUGAUGUUAGCCCACCUUUUUGAUAAACCAUGCUUUCUAGGUUUGCUUGCAGUGAAGGCGGAUAGUAUUUCCGGCUUUCAUGCCAAUACACAUAUUCCAGUUGUCAUUGGAUCUCAAAUACGAUAUGAAAUUACUGGUGAUCCACUUUACAAGGAAAUAGGGAGAUUUUUUAUGGAUAUCGUGAAUUCUUCGCACAGCUAUGCAACAGGUGGAACAUCAGUUGAUGAGUUCUGGUCUAACCCAAAACGCCUUGCAGACACGCUGCAGACAGAGAAUGAAGAAUCUUGCACUACAUACAACAUGCUAAAGGUUUCUCGUCACCUAUUUAGAUGGACCAAGGAAAUGUCAUAUGCAGACUAUUAUGAGCGUGCCCUGACGAAUGGUGUUCUUAGUAUCCAGAGAGGAAGGGAGCCUGGGGUAAUGAUCUACAUGCUUCCUCAGGGCCGUGGGGUUUCAAAGGCCCACAGUAACCUUGGUUGGGGAACAAAGUUCAACUCUUUCUGGUGUUGUUAUGGGACAGGAAUUGAAUCUUUCUCAAAGUUAGGAGAUUCGAUAUACUUUGAGGAGGAGGGAAAACUUCCCGGGCUUUACGUGAUCCAGUUUAUGUCAAGCAAUCUUGAUUGGAAAUCUGGACAGAUUGUGAUAAAUCAGACAGUAGAACCUGUUGUUUCAUGGGAUCCUUACCUUCGUGUCACUUUGGCAUUUUUUACGAAGGAGUUUAUGAAGAGAGCAGGCCAAUCAUCAACAUUGAAUUUGCGGAUUCCACUUUGGACGUAUUCAAAUGGUGUCAAGGCAGCAUUAAAUGCGCAGAUUUUGGAUUUACCUCAGCCAGGACCAGGUAAUUUCCUGUCGGUGAUGAGACAAUGGAGUGCUGGAGACGAAUUGACCCUUCGGCUACCUAUUGGUCUACGGACAGAGGCCAUACAAGAUGACCGACCUGAGUAUGCUUCUAUUCAGGCAAUCCUUUAUGGGCCCUACCUUCUGGCAGGUUUGACUAGUGGUGACUGGGACAUUAAAACAGGAACUGCAAGCUCUCCCUCAGAGUGGAUAACAGCAAUCCCAAAAGCUUAUAAUUCUCAGCUGAUCUCUCUUUCCCAGGUGGUCGGCAAGGUGAAGAUAGUCUUAAUGAACACAAACAAUACUAUCACAAUGGAGAGGUUGCCGGAAUCAGGCACAGAUUCUGCUGUCCAUGCCACCUUCAGACUUAUCGCAAAAGACAAGAAAUCCUCUCAUUUCUCAUCACCAAUGGAUGCUAUUGGCAAAUCUGUUAUGCUAGAGCCAUUUAAUCUUCCUGGGAUGAAGGUGUUGCAACAAGGCCCGAAUAGCAACCUCAUUGUGGCAAGUGCUAUUAGUGACGAAGGGAUGUCCACUUUUAGGGUGGUGGCUGGAUUAGAUGGGAAGGAUAACUCAGUUUCCUUGGAGUCAGAGAGCCAUCAGGGAUGUUUUGUUCAUAAUGGGCUGAACAACAAUGCAGGCACAAGUGCUAAGCUUAGCUGCCAGUCAGGGACGGCCGAUGCUGGAUUCCCACAGGCAGUGAGUUUUAGCAUGAAUAGUGGAAGGAGUGAAUAUCAUCCCAUCAGCUUUGUGGCAAAAGGAGCAAGCCGGAAUUUCUUACUGAUGCCAUUGCUGAGCUUGAGAGAUGAAUCUUACACUGUUUAUUUCAACAUUACAUCUUAGGUUUAGGUAGGUUAGAGGUGCCCAAUGACAUGUAGAAGUUCAAGUGAUCUAAUAAUUUAUAUUUUUCCUUUUCUUUCUUA